AUCAAAAACUGACAGCACAUUAAACGUCAGUUGACUUCGUCUAAUUAAAAAUACCUACCUAGGUACCUAUGGCAUGUGUGAAACUAAAUAAAUAAAUAUAUAACUAAGUUUAAAAUUAAUUAAAUUGUAAUAUGUUAUUAAAUAGCUACUAUAACUAUGACUAGAUGACUCCACUGACUACAACUAAACAAGAGUCAAUAAUUUUUUUAAAUCAGUUUCACUUCAGAAAUAAAUGUUUUUCAUUUUACUUUGAUAUAAAAGUAGAAAAUGACCAAGGACGGCGAAACAGAUUUUAAAAAAUAUGCCACAGAAUACGAUCCAAUAAAAAUUGGUUCUAUUGAUGGUACAGACGUAGAGCCUCAUGAUCGAGCAAUAUUACGUGCUAUUUACUCUGAAUACAUCCCCAAUAAAAGGGUAAAGGGAAACCCAAAUCAUACCAUCUUUAUAGGGAGACUUAACCCUAGGACACCACAGGAAACUAUCGAAUCGGAAUUUUCAAAAUUCGGUAAAAUCAUUCACUGUCGUCUCGUAAGGGAUCUUGUCACAGGAAAAUCGAAGCAGUAUGCUUUUGUAGAAUAUGAAAAGUACAGUUGUAUGGAAAAGGCACUAAGAGAGAUGCACUUAGAAUACAUAGAUGGUUCAGAGAUAAUUGUAGAGCGGGAAGCUGAACGACGACUUCCUGGAUGGAAGCCUCGACGCUUAGGCGGUGGGUUUGGUGGCCGCAAAGAAUCAGGACAGUUAAGGUUCGGCUGUAGAGAUAGACCUUUCCGGAAACCAUACACUGUAGGAAACAAAAUUGAGUCUGAUACAAAAGCUGAGUGGUAAAAUGAAUAAUUAUAAACCAAUGUAGGAAACAAAAUUGAGUCUGAUGGUAAAAUUAAUAAUUAUAAACCUAUCUGUUUAAAUAAUUCUAUUUGACUACUUAGCGUUAGCUAACAUAAUAUGUAAUUUAAUGACUAAAUACAUUUAGUAAAUAUAAUUAACUUAAAUCUAA